GACGCGAGUAAAUAGAAGAGUAUUCUUCUGGCGUGAGAGUCUCAUUCCAGGUCAAUUGGAGUUGCUCUGCCAUUCAGAUCCCAAAAAUCAGCCAAAAAGUUCAAAACUCAACACCAUGCCUCUCCCCAGGCAAGUCUUCGUAGCAGUUAUCGGUGCCGGCGGCGUCGGAAAAUGCUUCCUCUCCCAACUCUCCCAACUCGCAUCCAACCUCUCCCGCUCCCAAUCCUCCCCAACCUACCUCUCCCUGAUCCUCCUGUCGAGCUCCAAAAAGUCCGUCCACCACGCCGACUACAAGUCCAUCACCCACUGGGAAGAAGCGCUCCAAGCCUCCAAUACCCCGCCCCUCCCUCUUCCCCAGUUGGCAGAGUACCUCGUCAAGGCUCCCGGAAAAGUCGUCCUCGUGGACAACACUUCGAAUCAGGAUGUCGCGGACUCGUAUCCCCUGUUUCUGAAGAAGGGAAUCUCAAUCGUGACGCCGAAUAAGAAGGCGUUCUCGGGGAGUUACCAACUGUGGACCGACAUCUUCGAUGCAGCGGCCAACGGCAAUGGCACGGGUGGAUACGUCUACCACGAAUCGUCCGUCGGUGCGGGCCUCCCCGUCAUCUCGACGCUGAAGGAGCUCGUCGAGACGGGCGAUGAGAUCCGCAAGAUUGAGGGCGUCUUCAGCGGCACGAUGAGUUUCUUGUUCAAUUCGUUUCAGCCGGUGAAUGGAGGCGGGGGCAAGUUCUCGGCAGAAGUCAAGACGGCGAAGGAGAAAGGGUACACGGAGCCGGAUCCCAGAGAUGAUUUGAAUGGCCUCGAUGUCGCGAGGAAACUUACCAUUCUGGCGCGGUUGGCGGGGUUGAAGGUUGAGUCGCCGACGUCGUUUCCCGUCCAGUCUCUUAUUCCCAAGGAGCUCGAAGCGUGUGCCUCGGGAGAUGAGUUCCUGGCUCGGUUACCCGAGUUCGACGACAAGAUGGAUGAGCUGAAGAGGGAGGCGGAGAAGGAGGGUAAGGUGGUGAGGUUCGUUGGCAGUGUGGACGUGCCGAAAGGAGAGGUCAAGGUGGGCCUGGAGAAGUUUGACAAGAGCCACCCCAUUGCGGCGCUGAAGGGUAGCGACAACAUCAUUGCGUUCUACACGAAGAGGUACGGUGACAACCCCCUCAUCAUUCAAGGUGCUGGAGCCGGUGGCGAGGUGACAGCCAUGGGAGUCACUGGAGAUCUGCUCAAGGUGUUGAAAUUGCUGCACUAGAAGUUAGAAUGUAAUAGAAACGAAUCAAGUAGACUGGAAACAUGAAGAAUUGUAUCACAAAAAUCAG